AAAAACUCCUCCCUAAAUCCGCGUCUACUUCCGGUGGUGUCCGUCUACGUCGUGCGGUCUGCACUGUCUGGGAGCUGAGCACAACAGGAGGAAAAAGCGUUUCUCUUGCAGCAGUUUGUUUGUGCAAAUACCUUCACUGCUUGCUACUAGCCACCAGGAUGAAUGUGGGUGUGGCUCACAGCGAGGUGAACCCAAACACCCGAGUGAUGAACAGUCGAGGGAUUUGGCUGACCUACGCACUUGGUGUUGGUGUGCUUCACAUCGUGCUCCUGAGCAUACCCUUCUUCAGCGUGCCCGUGGUGUGGACUCUAACAAAUGUCAUUCACAACUUAGGAAUGUAUGUCUUCAUGCAUGCAGUCAAAGGCACCCCUUUUGAGACCCCUGACCAAGGAAAAGCCAGACUUCUUACUCACUGGGAGCAGCUCGACUAUGGCGUGCAGUUCACCUCAUCUAGAAAGUUCUUCACCAUCUCCCCAAUUAUUCUAUACUUCUUGGCAAGUUUCUAUACAAAAUAUGACACAACACACUUUGUCAUCAACACUGCCUCGCUUCUGAGUGUCCUGAUCCCCAAACUGCCGCAGCUGCAUGGAGUCAGAAUUCUUGGCAUCAACAAGUAUUAAUAAUUGUAAAUGCUGCUGCUCCUCUCAGCAACUGAAGCUAAUUCCUGUGUAGUUUGUACCGCCGAUGUGUGUACUAAGUCAUACAGUUUGUGUAACGACCACUGUUGUCGUAUAGUAACACCAGAGGGGUGCACUACGAAACGAGGUACGUUGAGCCUAAAGAGUUUUCAGCGUCAUGAAGGUAGCUCUGUUUUUGUUUUUGUUUUGUUUUUUUUUUAACCAGGUGACUCAGCUCUGGGUGGAGGCUACGUUCAAACUUUUUGUUUAAAAUGAUCUGUUAAUGAGCAGUACAGAUUUUCAGCUGAGGUUAUAUAUGCAAAACCUGUUGAGCCGUGUGUUUGUAAUGCCGCCCAAAGAAGCUGUGCAGUUUUAGUUGAACAAACUGUUACAGCAACAGGGAUUUAAGUGCAUUAGGCUGGUGAUGCAGAAAAAGUGCUUUUAUGUUUGUUCAUAAUUUCCUGCUGAUGUAAAGCAGAGUAGAACACUGAUUUGUCUGAUAUUCAGUCAGUAUAUUUACUUCCACUUUGAUUUGGCCAAAAACUCAAGUGAUUUUCAUCCUUUAUUAUGGGACAGGGUCCUGCCUGAAUGCACUUCCUGAGUUGUGUUAGGAAUAAACUGUAGCAAAGAGAAAACACUGAGCAGUGUGUGAUUGCAAAGCUCCACAGCUCUGCCCAUGUUAAUCAAAAUUCUUAACAUCUUUAACGUUUGCUGAUCUCUCCUUCAAGAUCGUUUCCUUGGACACCACUAUGGCUAGUUUUAGAUGGCUCCCUGGAUUUGAGCUUCGUUGUCAUGACUGACUUGAAAUUUGCUCUCUGAGCAAGUUUAAACUUCAAUAGACCUGACUUUUGUUAUGAGGGCUCAUUGCGUGUGCGUGAAACUGAACUCAAAAACUCAGUGCCCAUCCUAGAACUUGUUCCAUGCACUUCCACCCCAUAAAUAAAUCCUAAUGGAAAAGUUGACAAUGAGUCAAGGGGCCAACUAGAACAGGGUUCCUGCAGACUGAUUUUGAAAGGUGUCUGAAUCUGAAAAGGCAGCCCUAGUUUUUAUUAAAGUCUCGAAAUUCCUCAGAUUUGGAGAGGUAAUUUAUAAUCUUAAAAUGUGGUGGCUAGUUGGUCAGAGCAGUUGCAUUCCUCACUUUACUCAGAAAUGAAGAAACGUAAAUUCGCUGAAUAUUGGCUCUUCAUCCAAGCAUUUGUGUAUGAGUCACAAUAUGUUUUGUUCAGGAAGUGCCACAAUGGGAAUGAAGGUGCGGGGGAAAACCCUUACAAGUUUUGGUUCAGUUGCAAGCAGUUCUGACUAGUUGCCCUACAUUGCUUACCUGCAUAGCUUAGCUUUUUGCUCAACUACAACUAUACGAGACAAACAUGCGUCUAAAGCAGUGAAAUCUAUAUGUAAUACUUCUUACCCUGUGGAGGCUUCAUCUUUUUUGCACAUGCAUUGGGUUUUGUACAGCACUUUUUACCUCCUGAGGUCAGACAUCCUAAAGCGUAUGUGGCAGAAAGCAAAUUAGCUGAAGCUGUACAGAAGAGAUGACCAUUGUUUCAAUGUCUGAAACAUGAAGCCAGUGCAUUAGCGCCUUAUCUGCAGUCUUUUAAUGGUCAAGUAAUCUGGCUGCAUAAAGAAGCCAGAUUUUAUGGAAAUCUUUGGAAUAAUUACCCUUCCCUCCCCCUAAUUCAUCCACUUACUACAUUUUCUAUUUUUAAAUAUUUAAAACAUGCAGUUGUUGUUGUUGUUGUUGUUGUUGUUGUUGUUUUUUUUUUUUUGUUUGUUUGUUUUUUUUAAAUUAAGCUCCCCAUCAGGGUCAAAGGCUAUAGUUAUGUGAAUGACAAGCCAAUGCUACAGGAGUUGGUCAGAUCCAACCCAUCCUCGUGGUGCCUGGUGUCGUAAAGCUGAGAUGGCAACAGCACAUACUGGCACAGACGCAAAUUGAAAUGAAAGUGAAAAAGCUGUGAUUCAGGCGAACUGGGAGUGAUUCAGGACAUGAUACAGAAACAGUGUGAGGAGUCAGUACUUCCAUGGAGCGAUCAAAAAAUCAGCGUGCAUGAGGAGGCAAUGUUGAAGGGAAUGGUUUCAUUUUUUUAUGGGCAGAGAUUCAUAACUUUUGUAUUGAGUCCCAUCUUUGUAAGAAACUUUCUUUCUGGCCUGAUGUUUGGCUGUAGUAAUUAUCGUAAAGUCUUCGCUGCUCAGUGUGAUCUGCUCCUUUUUUGUUCAACACAGAGUCGGGAUAAACACAUCUCACCUUCAUGACGCCUGUUAUCUCUGGCAGGAGGCCUGGCUGUGUUCAGUUUGCUUUGUGGUGCAUCCCUCUGGUUUAAAGAUGAUAUGUCUGUACAUGACAGGAUGCCAUACGCAUUACUAACUUAUGUGAAUAUUUAAUGAUGUAUUGGGCGGGCCCAGGCAUCAGUGAGGCUUUUGGUUGAGUUUAAUUUUCUUCCUUUCUUUGCUCUCAGCUCACACACAGUGAUGCAAAUUGUGUUUCUAGUCACAAAGAUGUUGCAAAUGUAUUUUUCAAAUAUGUCUUAUUUUCCAAAUAUGUCUUACUUUGUGAGGGUAGGAGCCCGUGGCUCGCUGUUUACCGGUACACUCUGGUUUUGUAACGGGUGUCAGACAUUUUUGUGCUGAGGAAGAACAGAAUCAAGCUCUUCAUGUGCAUGGUUUCCUUUGUGAAUCAUUUGUAACCAAUCAGAACAGCAGGCUUUUCUCAUUGUUGUGUGUCUGUGUGUGUAUGUGUGUGUAUGUGUGUGUGAGUGAGUGAAUAUUAUGUCCUUUAUGUAGAAAUGAGACAGAUUAUUGUUGUCAGAUUAAGUGUUUACUGAGGGAGCUCCACAGUGUCUUUGUGAUGAACUUACACUCAUGUAGCCACUCUCUUCAUAUUUUGAGGGAUUAUUUGAUUUGUUUUUGUUUUUUGGCUAUGAUUGAGGCAGCGAGUCCUACUUUGUUUGGCCAUAGCUUGUAGUACUUGAUAUUUCUGGUUCUUAAUCUUAUUAAAAUGUUUGCCCUCCAUCUA